UAUGAUACACCAAGACAUAACACAGGCAGAAGCUGUGAACAAGUCUCUAGUGAAUGUGGACACCAGAGGGAAUGAUAUUUCAGCAUUUGUGAAAGCUAGAAGACACAGAAAGCUCCAGAGGAAAAUUUUCCCACACUCUGCUCUUUUCCGACAGUGGGGUGAUGACCUGACCAAGGCCCAGCAGAUCCAGGCCUUCAUGCUCUUCUCCCUGUAUGGUUACAAUGUUUACCUCAGUGACCACCUGCCCUUCAAUCGAGCCAUCCCAGACACUCGUUCCCACAGGUGUCUUGAAAAGAACUAUCCCCCACGACUUCCAACCCUCAGUGUUGUUAUCACAUUUAUGGAUGAAGCUCUGUCCAUUUUACAACGGACCAUUACCAGUAUCAUCCAUAGGACCCCUUCUCACCUGCUGAAAGAACUCAUCCUGGUGGAUGAUUUUAGCUCAAAUGGGGACCUAAAGGCAGAUCUAGACAAAGAGAUGCAGCUUUACAACCUCAAGCACCCUGGGCUGCUGACACUGAUACAUCACACUGAGAGGAAAGGGAUAGCCCCUACUCGCCAAUCUGGAAGUCAAGCUGCCACAGCGGAUGUAGUGGUCUUCUUGGAUGCUCAUACUGAAGUGAAUAUUGAGUGGUAAGAUACUGUGGCAGAACCCAUCUUAUCUAGGAUCCAGGAAGACCACAGUGUAAUUGUGUCACCUAUAAUCGACAACAUUCUUUUUGAUACCUUGGAAGUGGAAGAGUAUCCAUUGAUGUCCAUUGGGUUUAACUGGAGACUGUAUGGCUGUUAUGACUAUCAGUCAGUCAGCCUGAAAGAUGACAUUGUACCAAUAAAGAGUCCUGCCAUCAGGGGCAUCUUUGCUGCCAGCAGAUUGUUUUUGGAGAAGAUUGGGUUCCUGGAUACUGGGAUGCUGUUUUAUGGAGGAGAAAAUGUAGAAUUGAGCCUGAGGGCAUGGCAGUGUGGAGGGAGAAUUGAGAUCUUACCAUGUUCUUGGAUUGCUCAUCUUCAACGAGCCCAUAAACCCUAUUCUCUGAUUAUCUUACCCCUCAUGAAACGCAAUGCUCUUCGUGUGGCUGAAAUCUGGAUGGACAAGUACAAAUACAUGGUCUAUUUAGCUUGGAAUCUGCCUCUAGAGAAUCAUGGAAUAGACUUUGGAGAGGUGUCUUCCAGGAUAGAACUCCGCAAGAAACUGAAGUGUAAUAGUUUUGAGUGGUACCUCAGAAAUAUUUAUCCAAAUCUGAUGCCACUUCAGAACAUUGUUGGCUAUGGAGCUAUGAAAAAUUCUGUGAAUGAAAAGAUCUGCAUGGACCAGGGAAACAUCCAAGGAAACAUACCAGCCAUGUAUAAUUGCAAUGGGUUCAGACAACAGUUUAUAUACUACCACUUAACUGGAGAACUCUAUGUUGGACAGCUAUACGCAGAAACGUAUUCAAGUGAUCUAUGCCUGGCAGACCCUGGAGAAGGAUGGAGGCCAGAAUUAGUGGCAUGCCAAAAAGCAACAGUGAAAAAGUUGAACAUGUAUUGGGAUUUUAAGCAGGGAGCCUCGAUCACCAACAGGGACACCAAUCGGUGCUUAGAAGUCAGUAAACGUUCCUCAGGUUCCCAUAUCCUUGUUCUCCAGAAAUGCACUGGACAAAGAUGGACUAUCCAACAUACUAUCAGAAAUUGGGGGGUCUCAAAUGCCCUCAGUAAAAAAGGAACUGGCAGGUAACAACAUGAGGGACCCUGGAUCUGUGGAUACA